CUUACUGGCCUUGACCACUUUUGAGAUGUGAUUGAGAAAUUGGCAAUGAAAUCUUUCAGAUUUUCUGCAGCUUACAACACAUAUACGUGAGAACUAAUUAAAUUUAAUUACAUAAAUAACAUUUAUUCAAAUUAUGUUGUUAUUCAUUUUAUUGCUGUUGUUAAGUUGUCAUGUUUUGUGGUUAUGGAGAAACAGACGGUUCUUUAAUUUGUAUAGAAAAGUGGGUUCAAGAUUCCCCUUUGUACCCUUCAUGGGUCAUGGAUAUCUCUAUUUAACUAAUGGAGAAAUUUGAAUUUCCAGAAGUCCUGAAUAAUUUAUUCAAAAUUGGUGACCAUGCUAUCAGCAAUGGAGGAAUGUCUACCACGUGGUUGCUGCACCGGUUCUACCUGAUGUUGGCAGAUCCAGUUGAUGCAGGUUACGUACUAAAACACCACCUGGAGAAGGAUGAAUUGAUGUUGCUCAUCAGGUAUUUCACACGCACCAGCUCCGUCUUUGCAAAAGUGGCCAUUUGGCGUCCGCGCAGAAAGAUAGUAUCUGCGCUUCUAUCUCACAAGAACGUGAGUAAAUUUGAGCCGGUCUUUGCCAAAAACAGCGAGGUUUUAGUUGAGCAGUUGCGACCUUUGAUAGGGAAGGAGGCCUUCUCCAUUUGGGAGCAUUUAAAUGCUUACACUGUGGACAUAACUGGUAGUACUAUUUUCGGUAUAGACGUGAACAGCCAAACCAACUUGAUGGAGCCGUUGCGACUGGCCAUCAACGGUAUCAUGGAACUGGCCGCGGAGGUGUUGUUACAAAUAUGGUAUCACGUAGAGUUUCUGCUCAAAAGAUCCUCGAUUUACAAGCAAUUGCUGGAGUACGAUCACGUUGUCAAAUGUUAUGUGGACAAGGCCUUGAAAAAACAUACAGAUGCUGCAUCAAGAAGAAUUAAAAAUGAUAUUGAAGUUCCAGAUGAUGACCAUCAGAUCAGUCUCCUCCACCUGUUCGCUCAGUUGAAGGAGCAGCGAGGGAUCGACCACACGACCCUGUAUGACGAGUCCCUGGGUCUCCUGAUGGCGGCUUCCGACACCACGGCCGUCGGAGCCUCCACAGCCGCCGCCAUGUUGGCGCAUUGGCCUGAUGUCCAGGAGAAGGCUUAUCAGGAGUUGUAUGAAGUGUUUGGUGAUACUGAUCGCCACAUGACGAUUGAGGACCUGCCUCGUCUGAAAUACAUGGAGGCCGUGAUCAAAGAAGCCCUGCGGUUAUACCCACCAGCGCCGCACGUGACCAGGAAGGCGUUGGAGGAUAUUGUGUUGCCUUCAGGUCUCUCAGUUCCCAAGGGCACCAACUUCCUCAUCAGCGCUUACGCCCUGAACAGGAACCCCAAGUAUUGGGGCCCUGACGCCGACGAGUUCAGACCUGAGCGGUUCCUGGACGGUAGCCUUCCGGACCAAAGUUUAACCAUUUACUUUUCAUUCAGCUACGGGCCCAGGGGGUGCCCUGGUAUACAAUUCGCGAUGAUGUCAAUGAAGACGUCCCUAGGAACAUUGCUGCGGCGGUAUCGGCUGCUGCCUGCCACCGUUCCCAACACGUCGCGGGGCUCUGCCGGUCCCACCGCCCCGCUCCGGUUCCUCUUCGGAGUCGUGGUGAAGGAAGCUGACAAUUUCCCCGUGAGGAUAGAAGCGAGACAUGGAAAAUGAUAUUGAGAUGCGAAUAAAGAUUUUUAGAAAUAAAUUUAA